UGAAUAUCUCGAUUGCAAGUUGAUUCCGCCGUAUUUCUUUGAAGAAAAUGAGAAUUCAACAGUUCUAGACUCACAUGAACAAUUUUUUUCCCCUAAUUGGAGUAUUAUGAUGGAUACUUUCCAAAUAAAAAAUGUUCCAGCUGCUUUAUAAACAUGGGUACUGGUCAGAUUCAUUACCCAGUGGUGUUACUACUGCUGCUUGGUGUAUGUUUGAUAAAAAGCUUGAGACUGCAGAUUGGAAUUCGCGUGGUAUUAAAAAUUAUUCUCUCUCGCAACGUAAAGUAGAUAAGGUGAGUUACAAAUUGAUUGUCGACGAAUGUCUCUUCCUUAUCUUGGAUUCUUUUCGUAGGAUAUUUGAUCGCGGAAAAGAAGGAAAACUCAUUAAGGGGUAUUUGUUAAUUGAUAGUGAUUAUAGAUUCUGUUUUGAGGUGUUUGCUUCUGUUUCAUUCGUUCUUAAUGUGGGUUCAGUUUCGAUGGCUUACGACAAAGAAAAAUUUGUUCAUGAGAUUCUCACUAAGCAUGGGUUCGAAGCUGAUUCAUGGUUUAGAGUUUGUAUGUUAGCUAAUCCAAUGGAUAUUUUAUGUUUUGAGCACAAGUUUUUUUUCAACCACACAGUGCCUACUGGGAUAUUUUGUUGUCAUUGUUUGAAGUUUACUGAUAAGGUAUUUGAUCGUCGAAAAGAGUUCGAAGCUAUUAACUGGAUUUCUUAUAUUCUUGUUGUUUAUGUAUUUUUUUUUGACAAAACUACUUCUGGGAUGUUGGUAUUCUCUGUGUGUUCAAUAUUAAGGGUUAAAUUUCAUGGAAAUUCAGUUUGUAAGCCAAUUCUUAAACAUGGGUAUGGAUUAAAUUUGUUGCUUAUGCAAAUGGUUGGAGUCGUGAAACAUGAAAGUGAUAUGCUGCCCAUACAUUCGAGGGAAUCAGUAGUUAAGUUAUGGAGUAUGGGGGAUGGUUGGAUUACUAUGUGGCUUUUCAUUAAGAUACCUGAAGCACCUGUAACUAUUGGUUGUGGUCGUUGGUUGUUCGAUAGAGGAAAAAUACAUGAACCCAUAUUAUGGAAUUUUCAUUGUAAGAGUUUUUGUGGUGCAGAGGAUAUUAUAUUCCAGCUUCAACUUGGCUUAUCUGCUGCUACAAGGGUCCUUUAUGAUGAACUGUUGAAGGAAAUUGUUGGUUGGCAUGAAUGUAGAGAUGUAUCACUAACUUUCUUACUGAAAUUUAAACCUCUAAUCAUGCUUCUUUUGCCUAUUCUCACAGUUGUCAGCAGGGUUGUUUAUCUUUUGAGAUGGGUCUGUCCAAGUACUUUACAUGGGUUCUACCAAACUAUUCAAGCUCAUGUUAGACAAAAUUGUACUAACAUGCUGUAGUCGAUUGUUAGGGGCUUGUACAGGGUAAGAAUACUUGGAAAAGACUACAUAUAUUAGAAAGGCUGACGGUGUUGUGCAGAUAAUUAUUUGCUGGAGUCUAACUAUAUUUUGAUACUUGAAUUCUCAGUUUUCUUGGUUGUCGUCACUCAGUUUUAUCUCUCAAAAAUCAGUUCAUCAAUGCAUUUUCUAUUAAUUACUUCUGAAGUUUAUGAAAGACUGACGAUUGAAGAGAGGGUUCUAAUGACAGUUCAGCAUUCCAGGAGGUAUUGUCUGCACGCUUUUUACUAUACCUGGUAUUUAACUUCUUGUUACAAUCAUGAGGUGGGUGUAUAUUAUUUUCUUUCAUCUGGCUACUUACUUCCUGGUUUUGGUUACUUGUGGGGUUCCCGGAGUAUGGUUAACAUUGGUUUCACCUCAGUGGGGGGUUAUGAUACGAACUGGCAUUCGGGAAACAAUCUGUUACUCGAAACUGAAGCCCUUCGACAUUUUGCAGUAUUUUUCAUGAGUAAACACCGUUGGAACUUGUGUCAUGCUAUUGGAGUUCGCUGUAGAGGUUUGUACUUCUUAUCUCCAUCUCUCACUAGUACUUCUUUACCACUAAGGGUCUCAAGCACUUUUCCCGAAUUUCUGGGGAUAUCUAGUUCAAUUGCUUUUGAAAGAGAGGGAAUUAUUUUAAGUUUGCAAUGGAGCUUGCUGUACCAACCAACAAAAAGUGCUAGCUGGACAAAUCUUUGGAUCAGUAUUCUUGUUCAUGGGGUUCUCUACACAGAUGACGACAUGGAGAUUAAUAUUCCUGCCUCAGCAACCACGACUGAUACUUCAAGCGGUGUUUUUAUUCGUGCUUACCAAGCUGUGCGUGGUGAAGAUAGUGUGUGCCCUGGAGAGUUAACUUUACAGAUUGAUUUGGAGGGAGGACCUGCGAUUUUAUAUGAUCAUUGCAUCUCUUAGGGAAAUGGUCAGAUGACUAUGGCAUCUCAGCAUUGUUACCCAGCAAUGGCAAAAAGGCAUGCGGAAAUGUCAGUGGGUGUGAUGAGUAUCCAGGAUGGUAUUUUCGAGCAGCUAAAGUUGAUACAUGUGCCUGAUAUUGAUCCUUGUAAAGGUCUGACAUGGGUACUCGGUAGCAUAGUGGCGGCUAGUCUUCUUGGCAUGUUAGCGAGUAGUACAUGAUACGGAGGCAUCACUACAUUCUGACGCCUAUGAGUAUUCCAUCUUCAAGUUACAGGCAUAUAACAAGGUGGUUAAAGACAACCAGUUCAGACAUAAUCCCAUCCUUGAGGACAAGGAUGUUUUUCGAGGGAUCCGUAAUGUCAUGUACCUGACUAUUGAGAGAAGGGUGUCCCUUAUCAGAUUCAGUGUCAGUGUUUAAUAUUAGCCUUACUAGUAGUAAUUAGCUUAUUGAUGGGUGUGUUUAUCAUUUGUAAUUAGUGGUUUAGAUGUAACCAGCUGGGGGUCUACUAGCCGUAGAUUCUAGGUCAGUCUGAGUAAGGCUUAUAAGCUGGUAAGUCUGUAAUGAAAUGUUUUUAUCAAAUUAUUAAUCUAAGAAUCGUUUAUUCAA